AUGGUUCGAGUGAAGGAACCACAAGCGUUAAAACCGCUUCCUAGGUUUCUAGGAUACCAACGACACAACUACCCCGGAAAGGGUUGUUCCGACUGGGCCAAGGGUCCCAACGAGUCACGUCCCAGUGCGGGCGCGAACGACCGGGCUCGUUGCUGCCCAAACGAACACCCUUGGGGGUUGUUUUGGGUAGGCUCGACCCGGAAGUCGUGCCCGGGCUGUGGCCAACGGAUGCCCACCCCAAUAGGCAGCAAGGGUGAGAAGAUUGCGGCAUGGGACAUCCCAUGCCGUCUUGGAGAUGAUGGCAAGGCGAUCAAGGGUACUGGAUUUGCAAUCUAG